AUGAUCCUGCCCGCACCCCGGCUCUCUGUACCCGCGGCAGUGAUCCUGGGCUCGGCCGCGUUGGGCGCCGCCUUCGCCACCGGCCUCUUCCUGGGGAGACGGUACUAUCCGGGCGGAUCCCGGCGAGAGAAACGCCUGCUACCCCCUGAAGACAGCCCCCUCUGGCAGUAUCUGCUGAGCCGCUCCAUGAGGGAGCACCCGGCGCUGCGGAGCCUGCGGCUGCUGACUCUGGAGCAGCCGCAGGGAGAGUCCAUGAUGACCUGUGAACAGGCCCAGCUUCUGGCCAACCUGGCACGACUCAUCAAGGCAAAGAAGGCGCUGGACCUGGGUACUUUCACAGGCUACUCAGCCCUAGCGUUGGCCUUGGCGCUGCCCCCAGACGGUUGCGUAGUAACCUGCGAAGUGAACCCGGAGCCUCCGGAGCUGGGGCGGCCCCUGUGGAGGCAGGCUGAGGAGGAGCACAAGAUCGACCUUCGGUUGAAGCCCGCCCUGGAGACCCUGGACGAGCUCUUGGCCGCGGGCGAGGCCGGCACCUUCGACGUGGCGGUGGUGGACGCGGACAAGGAGAACUGCGCCGCCUACUAUGAGCGGUGCCUGCAGCUGCUGCGCCCGGGAGGCGUCCUCGCUGUCCUCAGCGUCCUGUGGCGCGGAGAGGUUUUACAGCCUCAGCCGCGGGACACCGUGGCCCACUGCGUCCGAAACCUGAACGAGCGCAUCCUGCGGGACGCCAGGGUCCACAUCAGCCUCCUGCCUCUGGGUGACGGCCUCACCUUAGCCUUCAAGAUCUAGGCCCGGCCCCGAGGGUGGCUUCACGUGGGGGGCCCUGGAACCCGUCAUCAACCCCGAGUUCUAAAUUCGACAAUAAAGUGGGGCCUGGGACAAGA